AUGUCAGAAAACGGUCAAGAUUCCUCAAACACCCAUCAGGACUCCAUACUGUUGUCUUUGCUACAACGUAGCAUAAAAGCAAAGGAAUAUUCUCAUUCGCCGUAUAGUAAGUUUCGUGUUGGUGCAGCCUUGUUGACCGACACAGGAGAAAUCAUAGAUGGCUGUAAUGUGGAAAAUGCAAGUUAUGGUUUGUCGAUCUGUGCAGAGAGAACUGCUCUGGUCAAAGCUGUUAGUAUGGGGUUUAAAAAAUUCCCAGCGGUUGCCGUAAGUACUGAUAUGGAAGAGUUUAUCGCUCCUUGUGGAGCGUGCAGACAAUUUAUUUCUGAGUUCGGAUCAAGUUGUGACGUGUAUCUUGUGAAGUCGGAUUUAUCUUACAAGAAAAUCAAUAUUUCAGAGCUGUUACCAUUAGCAUUCACAUCUGCAGAGUUAGAGAGGGCAAGCAUAACAAAAUAA